GUAACUUUUGUAGUUUAGCAGUACCGACGACCUCAUCCUUUGCACUUUGACCUAUUUAUGUACGGACAAAUCCGGAAGUGAGACCUGAGGUCAGUGAGGACAACAACAUUUCAUCAGGUGUAAAAUUUGCAAAAUCCUUACAAAGAUUAAAAGCUCUUUGUCAGUUAAAAUAUUCCGAUGACGACUCCGCGCUUCCAAGUACUUUGGUACGUGCCUAAUGUCAUAGGUUACAUCAGACUUACUGUGCUAUUGGCUGCUUGGCUGGCCUUUGACGUACCACUGCUGUUUAUCCCAGCGUACACAUUUUCUAUCAUCCUUGACGGUGUAGAUGGCUGGGCAGCCAGGAAACUGCAGCAAGUGUCAGCAUUUGGAGCCUGGCUGGAUGUUGCUGUGGACUGCAUAGGAAGAACUCUGCUCUGGAGUUGCCUUUAUAAGUGGGGAUUCUUCAUUGCUUGUUUGGAGUGGCUUGUGUUUGUCUGCACACACAACAUGGGGCCAGCCUGGAGGGCCACCAGUGCACCCUGGUGGGUGGAGGCAGUCAUGGCAAAAGGUUUCAAGACUCCUGCAGGAAUGUUUGCUAUUACAGGACUCCAUGUUCUGCCAUUAUGGCUGUAUGGCCACGAGGCAGGUGUGCAGCUGUACAGCUGGCACCUGCCACACACAGUCCACUACACAGCUGUCACCCUGCUGGCUGUAGGAAGAGCGUUGUGUGUUCCUGUCGAGCUGUGGUUUGUGUGGAACCAUGUCCAGUUCCUGAUCAGUGAGAAACCAGGCCCGGCCAGCUGAUGAGGAGUAGAGCAGUAAGGGGAUAUCAGAGGGUGAAGUCCUGGGCCACACAUUUUAUGCCAGAUAUGAGCCAUGUCCAUCAUAUUAUCUAUUUCCUGCCACUCCUCUGAAGUACAAAGAUUUCUCCAUGGUUAAAUACUUAUACAAAAUAUUUCCUUAUUCAUGAUCAUGUAUGCAUCCAAACUGCUUGAACAGGCUUCAUAACAAAAGACUGAGCAGCUAUUGGGUAUGUUGUACUAUGGGACAUGCAUGUACAAAUGUAUAUCAGUGCCAUGUGUAAGCUGAGCUAUUUACUUAAGGGUCUCAAUUUUUAUCAUAGAUAAAUAUCUUGCAUUCAAUGAUCAAGUAAACUUGAUGACCUCAUUGAACUGACUUGAGUUUGUCCAUUGUCUUGUUAGUUGUAAGGGUGUAAGUUGUAAUAAAGAACAAGGAA